ACUAGUUUAUUAAAUGUUUUUCCUAAGUCCACGAAGAGGGCGCCUACGGUUCGUCUGACAUUUUAUAGUAAGCUAUCGGAAAAUUAUGAGAUUUUAUAUAAGGGAGAAAAGAUAUCGAGAAUAAUGGCUAAUGAACACAACAAUAAGGCACAUAUUAAAACAUUAUUAUUUACAAAAGCCAUACCUAAUUACAAAGUUCCAGUACCACUGUAUGGCCACAAAUUGUACCGCUGUACUGAUUGUGAAGACAGAUACAUUGUGGAAUCUAGCUACCAUUACCAUAUUAAUAGGAAGUCUGUAAAAAUUACUUACAAAUGUAGACAUUGUGGUGUCAUAAAAGUUUUUUACAAUCGCUGUAAUUUGUUAAGCCACAUUAGAUCGCAUGCUUUCAAAACUACAACUAUUAACAUAGGCGAUUUAAAUGUAGAACCUUUGCUGGCUUCACCUGAACUUGUUGCAAAACAGAAUCAAAGUCAGCAAAAAACAAUAUUAAGAAAUUAUAUAUGCUAUGAAUGCAAAACUGACCACACCAAGACUGGAAUUGCAUACAAGGACAGAGUAGCACAUUAUAUGCACUAUUCAAAUGCUUUGUUAUAUACAUGUCCUAUAUGUAUGUUUACUUUACCAACAACUUGUGCAUUAAAAGCUCACUUACGUCUUCAUUUAAAACAUCCGCCUUUCUUCUGUCCUGAAUGUGGUAUUACACUGCAAAACAAAUGUGUAGAAUAUCCAUAUACACACGAUUGUGAAGGUUUUAAAAUGAUGAGAGCAACUGCACGAAUAAGGUGCUCGGCAAAGAACUGUCAUGUUUUCCAUCCAAAUGAAUAUAAUGAGCAUAUGACGUCUCUUCAUUUAAAGAAAAUGUACAAGUGCCCAGCAUGUGCUAUGUGUGGUUAUAAUGAAGAUGAGAUGCAGCAACAUUUGAAGGUCCACAAUUACGGACUCCCAUGUAUCAUUUUGUUUGAAUGCACAGAAUGUAAUGGCAAAUUACUGGUCGAGAGUCAAAUUAUGAAACAUUUAGCUUUACAUGUUAACACUUUUGUGUAUCCAUGUUGGUCUUGUGGUAAAAUAUUCAAGUUGCCUUCUAAUUUAAUAAGUCAUCAUAUGUAUAACCACUUAAAAGAAAUAAAUAUAUCCCAACAGUUACAAGAAAUAUAUAGAAGCACAUACAAAAGCAUCUUGUCUAUGAAGACUACUGUUUGUAAUAAUAAGAAGAGUUAUAUCAAUUCCAUUGUGUUAAAAGAAAAUGAGCAUAAUAUAAAACUUAUUAAAUGUCACUUGUGUAAAAACAUGAUGUCCCAAUCGUGGGAAAACAUAAAAACCCAUUACAAAAGAUUUCAUAAAAAUUACAAAUGUCUUGAUAUCAAAGUUGUUCUUGAGAAACUUGAUGAAGAUUCUUUAAGAGAAAAUAAAGAAAAGGAGGAAAACAAAAAUGAAAUGGUGAUUGUAAAUAAUAAAAAAAAUAAUGCUAAGGUUCCAAAAAACAAAUCUGCAAAACGUAAUAAGAUUUCAACAAAUAAUCUUAGUUACUUAGCUUGCAAUAAGUGUCAUCACCAAAGUAAAGACAAGGAAUCAUUAGAAAUACAUUUGAGAGAGCACAAAGAACCCUACAUGGCAUAUCAGUGUUUGGAAUGUGGACAAAGUUUUGCAGUAAAGCCAUCAUUUUCAACACAUCUUUUAUUGGAACAUGGUAUAUCAGAUGCUAUGGAUUAUAUCAGUAAGAAACAAUGCUACAAUGAAAAUGCACUUGUUGCAAAACAUUGUAGAUCUGAUAAUAUUGAUAAGAAUGAACCAUUGAAAGAGCAUCAAUGUAAAAUUUGUAGAGAACAGUUUGAUAAUGCUGAUAAUUUAGAAAAACAUUUUAGAGUUCAUGGAAUGGCUUUUCUAAUGAAGAAUACUAAUAAGGGUAAUAAUACAUAAAAUUUAACCAUUUUCAGUGAUUCCUAUCUGAUUUGGGGAAAGCUUGAGCAUUCUGAAGGUCUUUUAGUAGGGUAGAAACUGAAAAAAUAAAACACACUACAUACAAUAUUGAUGGUGUAAUUUUUUUCCAAGUUAUAUAUAUUAUAUAUAUUAUAUUAUAUUUAUUAUAUAUAUUAUAUUAUAAGAUAUUUGUCAGAGAAUUGUAAUUCAGUUAGACUUAAACCCCUAAGUUCACAUUUAAUAAAAUGUAAAGAAUCGAAUGUACUAUUAUUCCAAUUUAUUUUAAAAUAAAUUUAUAUCGUAAACUGAAUUAAGAAAUAUGAUGUAUAGUUUAGUAUCUAAUAAAAUAAUAUGAUAAAUGUUAA